ACCCUGACGAAAGCGAGCCACGGGGGUUGCAGAUGCUCCCUCCGCCUCCUCGAGUCCCAUCAUAUUUCCUCCCUCCCUCCCUCCUUCCCCGCGACGCUCCCCACCAAACAACGAAGAAGCCAUCUCGCCUCGUCUGCUGCUCGGCCUCGCCCGUCACGGAGACACCCAAGGAGCCCCCGAGGCGCCGCCGCCGCCGCCGCUCGGUCGCGAAACCCUGGUGUUUGCUGGCCCGGAUAGCGAGGUUCCGUCGGCCGGGGCGCUCGGCAUCCUCCAUGACGCGUCCGUGUCCGCGCCCGGCGUCCAGUCUCUCCCGGUGAUCGGCUAGUGCAGCGCCCGGCGUCCAGGUCCGUGCUCGUUGCGUUUCUUGGGGCUCUGCGGCUGCGGUUUUCCCCUGCUCAGAGCGCGCUCGGCCGAGGGUUCUGUGCCGGAUGGGGUCGGCGGCGGCGGCGGUGCCUAUUGAGAUCAGUUCCGACGAGGAGGACGGCGUGAAGAUGCCCGCCGCCGCUGCUGGCAAGCGCAAGUCGCCGGAAGGCGCCCUCGACUGGGCCGAGAAUAUUCUGGUCGAAGAGGACUUCGGCGCAGUUGGGGAGAGCCUGGUUGACUCCGCGGCGAUGCAGGAGUUGCUGGAUUCUCUGACGGACGCGACGGGGAUUGUGGUGGGUGACGAGGGUGUGGUGGACGACAAGAAUACCGUUCGUGAUGCUUGUGGAGGCGGUGGCGACGACGAUGAUGAUUGCGUCAUCCUGGAUGGCGACCCUGAUAAGCCGGUUGCCGUUGCCAAGGAGGAGGGACCCCGGCGAGAUGCCGCUGAGGAUGAACUGCAGAUAGUCGCGGAGAAAGGACAGUUAGCAUGCAGGGAUUUCCCUCAUCCACGCCAUCUAUGUGCUGCCUUGCCGUUCAGCACCAGUUCUCAUGCAAGCCAUUGCAGUAUGUGCCACUGUUAUGUGUGUGAUUCUCCUGCUCCCUGUGCCUUCUGGGGCAAAGGCACCGCACAUACUGAUCAUUGUCAUGCUACGGAUAAGGAUGCUAAGUGGAAGAAACUUAGGCAAUCAUCCAAGAAUAAAAGCCAGCCGCCGCCUAAACGAAGAAGUAUUCAGAAUUUCUCUCACUCAAGCGCAACAGCACCAUCCUUACAGUCUUCUGUAAAUGCGAACAGUUCUACUGGAAGAUUGCCUGUUUCAACUAUUCUGGCCAAAAAUCAACUGGUGGAUCCCUGCAUUAUGGCUCCACAGAAUAUGAUGCAGGGUGUUAGUCUGCUGAGACCACCAUCUCCUACGCCGAGAGCUACAAUCUCGAGCUACAGGUCCAAAACUGCUCGGGUUGCUCCUGCAGUUUAUGCACCCUCAAAUGCUAACACUUUGCAGCCUUCUGUUCCUAGCUAUGUCCCAAUGCAGCCAGCACAGGCUCAUGCAUUUCAGAGAGCACAAGUUCCCCCAGGAGGUCGCGUUAGUGCUGGAACUUCUCAGAGUUACCAACCACAACAUUCUAGUGCACCAAUUGGAUCUCAGGGACACCGAUAUCGACCACCAUCAUACACUCUGCUUGCAAACAUGGUAGUUGGUACUGGAGUGCCGCUCUCACGGUACACCUCUGUGGCCACUCAGGGAACACAAUACCAGCAAGUCCCAUUGGCAGAUGCAGGACUGAAGGAAAAGGAAGCAAUUGCUAGUUUGGCACGUGAACUGGGAGUACCUGAUUAUAAUUCCAACCAACCACUAGGUCAGCAGUCAGUGAGCACACCUCAAUCUCUGCAUCCUAGUCAGCUACUUGCUCAAGCUAAGGCUAGCCAACAGGCUCAAGUUAAUAAAAGAUAUGUUCCAGCAACUUCACAAAUGAGGCCUUCCAGUGGGCAUAAUUUGUCAAAUCAUGCGUCAGGGAGUCCUGUUCUUUCAUCUGGUUCAGUUCCGGUCCAGCAGCCUUUGUGCCAAUUGAAUACUCAGAACAGUGUUACUCCGAGUAAUUUGCUUGAUGGGAAGUGAUCACCGCCUUGUUCUCAUCAUUAGAUUAUUAUCCUUUUUUAUUAUACUUGUAGUCUUUUAUAUUAUAGAUAGAUAGGUUAUCAGACUGUCUUAGGAGAGUAGAAAGGUCGCUCCUGUAGUAGAGAGCUUGGACCUGACGUUUCAGUGUAAUGGCUUGGUUAAAGCUGUGGAUUAAUGGUCAAAGUUUGCAUUGCAAUGAUGAAAAGAAAGCAAAGGGAAAAC